AUGCAAGAAAUUGGAUCAAUCGGAAAAAGUAAUAAUUUGAGCAUUAAUUGUAUCCCGAAUAAUAGGGAAAAGUAUAUGGCUUUCAUGGUGGGUAAACACUUAGUCUUUCUGGAUAGUUUUCAGUUUAUCGCCAGCAGUUUGGAGAGAUUAGACGCUAAUUUACCCACCGAUGCGUUUAAGUAUACCAGUCAGGUGUUCCAAAAUGACAAAUUAGCACUGAUGAAACAGAAAGGAGUGUAUCCUUAUGAUUACAUGGACAGUUUUCAGAAGUUUGGUGACCAGCAGCUACCCCAAAAAGAGCAAUUUUAUAGUAUUCUUACUGAUGAGGGUAUUUCUGAUGCGCAAUAUCAAUAUGCCCAAAAAGUCUGGAAUACUUUUAAUAUGAGGAUAAUGGGCGAGUAUCAUGAUCUGUAUCUGAAAUCUGAUAUUCUUCUAUUAGAGGAUGUUUUUGAGAACUUUCGUAAGACCUGCCAUCAGUAUUACAAACUAGAUCCGUGUCACUAUUUUACAUUUCCUGGGCUAUCCUAGGACGCUAUGUUGAAAAUGACCGGUAUAAAAUUAGAGCUUAUGACGGAUAUUGAUAUGUUUCAGUUUAUAGAAAAGGGAUUACGCGGCAGUAUUUCUUAUAUUGCUAACCGACACGGGGAAGCUAAUAAUAAAUAUAUGAGCGGGUAUAAUCCAGAGAAACCAAGUAAGUAUAUUAUGUAUCUAGAUGCGAAUAACCUUAUGGAUGGGCGAUGUCUCAAUAUUUACCAACAGGUGGUUUUAGGUGGAUGACUGAAAAACAAAUACAAAAAGUUAAUACGGCUGCUUGUGCAGAAGCCAAAAAAAAGGGUAUGAUUUUAGAAGUCGAUUUAGAAUAUCCUAAAGAAUUACAUGAGCUGCAUAAUGAUUAUCCUCUAGCCGCUGAGAAAAUAAAAGUUACCAAAGAAAUGCUUACUCCUUAUUGCAAAAAUAUUCAGGAGCAGUUUGGAAUAAGUAUUGGCCAGGUUGCUAAGCUAAUUCCAACACUAUCUAGUAAAAAGAAUUAUGUGUUACACUACAGAAAUCUACAACUCUAUUUGUCUCUCGGUCUCAAACUGAAGAAAGUACACAGGGUAUUAGAAUUUGACCAGUCUCCCUGGCUCGCACAGUACAUUAAUUUUAACACCCAAAAGAGGAUGAAUGCUAAGAAUGCAUUUGAGAACGACUUUUUCAAAUUAUUAAAUAAUUCCGUAUUUGGAAAAACCAUGGAAAACAUAAGAAAGCGCGUUGACGUGAGAUUAGUGACUGAUCAAAAGAAAUUAUCCAAACCUGCAAGCAAACCGACGUUUGUUAACAGUAAGAUCUUUAGUGAGGACCUUGUGGCGGUUCAUAAGAUCAAAGAAACAUUGACACUCGACCGGCCAGCUUAUGUGGGUAUGUGCAUUUUGGAUCUGUCAAAAACUCUCAUGUAUGAUUUCCAUUAUAAUUAUGUCAAAAGUAGGUACAAUCACAAAGCAAAGUUAUUGUUUACUGAUACAGACAGUCUUUGUUAUGAGAUUGAGACAAGGCAUUAUGGGAGGAUAAACAAUUAUUUGAUAACAGUGAUUACCCGAAGGAUAGUCUAUAUUUUAGUGUGGAGAAUAAGAAGAUAAUUGGAAAGUUUAAAGAUGAAGCAGCUGGCAUGCCAAUCAGAGAAUUUAUUGGUCUUCGGAGUAAAAUGUAUUCUUAUGUGAAAGACAGUGGUAAAAAUGAAAAGACUGCUAAGGGUGUCAGAAAAUAUGUCAUCAAAAAGAAUAUCACACAUCACAAUUAUAAAGAUUGCUUAUUGAAUGGGAAACAAAUGUUACACAGUAUGCGAACAAUUAGGAGUGACCAUCAUCAAAUUGGGAGC